UUUCUCCACCAGAGGGAUGAUGAUACAUGGAACGGAAAAGCUGGAAUAUAAUGAUUUGACAGAAACUUUUGUUUUUAGUUUGAAAAUGUAAUUUUUAGUUGCUUCUUUUUUCUUAUGUCGAAGAUGAAAGAGGAAGACGCUCUUUUCGAGUUCCGUUCGCAAAUAAUGGCGAUCAGAUUACUAGGAAAACAGAUGAAUAUAGACGACAACACUAUAAACGAGUGUUUAUCUGACGUUUUCGAUUACACAAGAACGUCUACGAAACGUUUUUCUUUACCAUUCGGACUGUUCCGUUCCGUUUUUACUUUUUUAUCGAUUUUAAUUAAAACUCUUCUCUUCUUGGUCGUACUUUAUGCUUUUGCAUCGUUUCACAAUCCGACUCACAAAUUGAUCAUGAGGAAUUCGCAAAAUCUCAUCUAUCCUUUGAUGAGAUCUAUCAGACUCUCCACUUUGCACUUAAUUACAAAAUAUGGAUCGAUUACAGAAUGGCACGAAGAGGAAUGUCUGUUGCCGAAUCCGUUUUACGAAGAGCCCGUUCUUGACUGCUGGCCCUGCGAAGAUGUGAGAACGCUGGUGGACCUGACGGGACUGAGGAACUACACGGCGGCGUAUUGUUCGAACGAGAAACCGUUCGUCGUGAAGGACGUGGUGGAUUUCAAUGUGACGUUGGAUCUUCUCCGAGGAAUGUACCGUAACCGUUGGGAGGAGUUAGAAAAGGGUACAGCCAUGUACAUUUCCAACGAUCCCCGUGUGGACAGACUUCAAAAACUGUGGUUAAAUGGCUCCUCUGCAUUUGAAAAUCCAAAUUUGCAUGUUAUGUGGAAAAUUAAUAGAGUUUUAGCUGCACAAGUAAUACGCAAGAUAUUUAAAAGACCGUAUUUUGUUCCAAACAACAGUGAAGUUGCAUUACAAAAGUUUUUAUGUAUAGACGGUCCCGAAUCUCCACAGUAUAAUUUGCCCAUUACAGACUUUGCCGACGUUUGGGUAAUGCAAGGUCAAGGAUCUCGCAUACUGGUUUUGGAUCCCUCGCCUCCGUGCAACGAAAAUUGUUCUUCGGUUUCGAUACUUUUAAAUCCAGGAAAUAUUUUAUAUUAUAACUGGCAGUUCUGGAGACCACGAUCUUUUCCAUCGAGACUGUCGAAAGAACCAAGUAUCACUUUCAUAGGAUCCUUUUAUUAAACAGUUGGAAAUA